AGCGACCGUCAGGAGAUAGCUGGGUGGCAGGGACAGGGGGAGAGGGGCUUUUCUCUGUGGCCACCUGGAAAAAGCCAUGUAAGAUCCCUGGCUUAUCAAGACAUAAAUACAAAAUUAAUUCGAUUUUAUAACCGGUAAUUGGCUCCAAGUGUGUAACAAAGCAUAAUUUACUCUGGAAAGGAACUGUAGAGUAGAUAGUUCAUGAGAGAAAACGACGAAUCCAAGUAGAAGACACUGGAAUAAUCUGGAGAAAAAAUUUAAAAGCACCAAAAACAAAAAACAAAAAAAGUUUCUGUGAAGUGUGAAGUGCGCCCGGGAACUUCAUGGACACGCUGAGAAAUCCCCAAACCAACUCCAGCAGCAGAAUCAAGUUCAGCACUGAGGAUAUUUCCAACCGGUUUUGAUGUCAGGUGAAGGUGAAGUCAGACUGACGGAGCUUGUAUCUAGGUAACAGAUUAAAACAGCUUACUUUCUAAACGGUGCGUUAGUGGGCUGAGGUAAGGCAUGAGUGGAGGUCGCUUUGAGUUUGACGACGGCGGAGCUUAUUGCGGAGGCUGGGAGGGGGGUAAAGCCCACGGCCAUGGCAUCUGCACCGGACCCAAGGGCCAGGGUGAGUUCUCCGGCUCCUGGAACUACGGCUUCGAGGUGGUGGGAGUCUACACCUGGCCCAGCGGAAACACCUACGAGGGGUACUGGUCGCAAGGGAAACGUCACGGUCUGGGAGUAGAAACCAAAGGACACUGGAUUUACAAAGGGGAAUGGACUCAUGGCUUCAAAGGGAGAUAUGGCAUCCGGAUCAGUGUUGGCAGUGGAGCAAAGUAUGAAGGAACAUGGAAUAAUGGGCUUCAGGAUGGAUAUGGAACAGAAACAUAUGCUGAUGGAGGUACUUUCCAGGGUCAGUUCACUGGUGGGAUGCGGCACGGCUAUGGUGUCCGUCAGAGCGUCCCAUACGGCAUGGCAGCAGUUGUCCGCUCCCCUCUUCGGACCUCCUUGACCUCCCUUCGCAGCGAGCACAGCAACGGCACCGUCUUGCAGCAAGACAUCCCCGUCAUCACCACCACCAACGCCUCAGGUGAGGAGAUGCCCAUCGCCAACCCUACCCAGCUGGGACCAUCCCGGGGAGGCUUCGCCCUCACCCUCCAGGUGGACCCAGAGGCAGUGAAACCCAAGAAGAAGGGCCUGUUUCGUAGGAGCUCUCUGCUGGGGAAGCUGAAGAAGUCCGACUCAAGCACCUCGCUGUCCAGCCAGAAGAGCAAGAUCAGCUUCCUGAGGACAGAAUCGGCUCUCAGCUCCAACGCCAGCGACACCAACUCUACCAUCAGCAUCGGGGACGAGAGCCUGGCCGGAGCAGAGGAUUUCCCCCCCGUGGAGGCCGACAUUGACGCCACCACCACAGAGGUCUACAUGGGCGAGUGGAAGAAUGACAAGCGCUCAGGAUAUGGAAUAAGCGAAAGGUCCAGCGGGCUGAAGUAUGAGGGCGAGUGGCUGAACAACCAGAGGCACGGCUACGGCUGCACCACCUUCGCGGAGGGAGGGAAAGAGGAGGGCAAGUACAUGAACAACAUGCUGGUGAAGGCCAUGAAGAAGAGGGUGAUCCAGCUGAAAGGAACCAAGAUCAAGCAGAAGGUGGAGCGGGCAGUGGAGGGAGCUCAGAGGGCUGCAGCCAUCGGCAAGCAGAAGGCAGAGAUCGCUGCCUCCAGGACCGCCCAUUCAAAGGCCAAGUCAGAUGCAGCUGACCAGGCGGCUCAGGCCUCCAACAGCGAGUCCGGCAUUGCCAGACUGGUGGCCAAAGAGCUCUCCCCUACCUUCUACCAGCCAGGUCCUGAGUAUCUGAAGAAGAGAGUGUUGCAGGAGGUUGUGGAGGGCACUGAGAACACAGACACUGUCAUGCAUGAGCCGUUGUUGGCUGAGGAGGAGCCCCUGCCCACACCGCCAGAAAGCCCUUUCAUGAAUGAACUGGACAGCCUCAUGCCUGGCUCAUCUCCAGGCCGCACCCCGUCCCCCAGCCCAGGCAUCACUAUCAAGGAAGACCCUAACCUUCUCGGUCCAGGAGGCUGGAAUGAAGACAAAACCAAUAAAGGUGGUGGCAGUAAGGGUAGCAGCAAACCCAACAGCAGGUCCAGUAGUCGCCCCACUACCCCUUCAACCUCCCUUUCUGCUCCCACCUCAGCUGCACCUGAAGGAGGAGGGGGCCCCAGCAGUCGUGUCCCCUCUCGUACCCCCAGCCGUCAGAGCAACAAGAAUGAGCAAGGCUCUGACCUGGAGAUCAAGCCCCUGCAGAAGUUUGACUCUGAAGCAAAAACUUCAGACGUCACUCCUGCCGCUGCUGCCCCUGUAAGGAAUAGCCUCAUCUCUCAAGAUGAAGAAGCACCGCGCCCCAAUGCCAAAGUGCCCAAAGCUGUUACCCCUGAGCCCAAAGCUGCAGAGCUCAAAACUGAAAGAGCUCCAUCAGUCCACGAACGAGUGCCCUCUGUCCUUGAGAACAAAGUGGAGUCCAGGGAGGUGAGCAGGCCAUCCAGCAAAGCAGAGACAAGGCCAUUACCAAAACGACAACCCAGCCCAGCUCCGUCCCCAAAACCUGCACCCAAACUCGAAGCCAAAGCCAUUGCUGCCAAACCAGCCCCGAAGGUGGAGCCCAAGGCAGAAGCCCGACUGAAGAACAUGGUGUCGACGCCAAGUAACAUGACUGCAGAGUCUUUGGAGCUGGAGGGCCCAAACACCAUAAUGAUCUGCAUGGUAAUCCUGCUCAACAUCGGCCUGGCCAUUCUCUUUGUGCACAUUUUGUCAUGAGACGUUUUCCACCACCUCAGGUCACCAGCGGUGUUGGAGAGAGAUGCUGUUUGUCCUCCUCAGUAAGGACCAGAGAUCAAAGAGACCGCUGACGAGGAGGGGGGAACAAAAGCCUCAUGUAGACAGCCACAGCUCUUCUAAAGGUUUUUGUUGGUGUGACUGUGUGAGGCUCUGUGAGGCUCCUCUCUUUGCAGAGGUUAGAGAAACUGAAUUGACUGAGACGAUUCAGUACAUCUGAAUAUGAUGAUAUUUGUGUGUCAAAGUGUGGAGAAGGGCGGGGGGGGGGGGUCGCUGGAUGGUAGAGGGAUGUCUCAGUGCUUACACUGGAGAAGCCGGGUGGCAGAAUUCAACUUCAUCACAGUGUGUCAACAUUUAGCAACAAAAAAAAAGGCUUUUAACUAAAUCCUGAAUUGGACGCACACUGGCUGCCUCUCACAACACUGAAUCAGACAGAUUAGACAAACUCAGCAGAUAAUUACAUUUCGUCACAAGAUGUUUGUUUGUAUUAUGUAGCUGCAGGCUGAAGGUUGAAUGUCGAUCACAUAUACAGACUUAAUAUUCUCUCCGCUAUGCCUUGAACCUGACACGAAGACAACCGCAGCGGACGUGUGAAGGAUUUGGGAGUGUCAUUAUCAUUGUUUUAACCAUCUGCAAUGUCCAAUGUAUCAUGAAAAAGCUGACAAUUAUGAAUUAAGUAGAAGUCUGAGACAUGUAAAAUACCUUUGUGUGUGUGUCAGUCCUAUCAUGAAGCUCUCCACAUACUGCUGAAUAUUGACAGAAACUGUAAUCUAAUGCUCUGUAAAGCCAAGUUGCUGUCUUCAUCUUGUUGCUCUUGAGCUACAUUUGGCUUUGUGCAAAAUCUGUAUUAGAGCGUAUGGUGUUCUACACUGUGAAAUUUUCUAUUUUCACUGGGAUUCAUAUACAUUUAUUGUCAUUCUGCUGCUUUUGGUUUAGGAGCUGAUCAGACAAAUAUAGAAAGAAAUAGGAAGCUAAUGAGUUUCAUUGCUUUUGUGUAUGUACUGUAUGUUCCUGUGGUGCUUUGUCGAGGACCCGGGGGAUUUUAAAUGAGAGUUGUGUAUGUUUUGCAAUAGAAUACGCGAGAAGAAAAUGAAGGCUGGGGUUUAUCUUAUUUAAAACAAUCACUGUAUGUUGUAGUAUGUUUGCUCAGUCUGCAGAUUUAUAUUCAUUCAGCAGUAGCAGCAGGAGGGCGGUUGGGAUGACGUGUUUGCCUGUAAGCUCCUGUAGCCUUCAUGUUUUCAUGUAUGUUUCAGUGUAGAAAACUCUUCCACACUCUUCCACUUCAUUAUAUUCAGGGCCUGUUGUGCUUUAGAGCCAAAUUUGAGUUCAACUUUUGUACGCAUGGGGGCACUUUGUGUGUAUGGGUCUAUAUUUUUUUGUACCAUUUUGAAGUGCACAUCUUUUCAGCAUUCAAAAUAUUCAGUUGCAGGAUUUUGUUGUUAUAGAAAUAAUCAACCCUAAAUUCAUUUAUUUCCAAAAGGAGCCGGUCAGAUUACCUCGUGAUUGUGAGAUGGAGGAAAAUAUAGAACGAUUUAUAACUCCAUGUCUUACACUGAGAAGAGCACUCUUCUGAUGUGCUGUUUAAUGUUUCUACAUUGUUCUUUUAGCCAUGAAUACAUGGGUUUUAAUUAGAAAGAACAAAGCGGUUUUUAGCUGAAAUUGUUUUCCUUUUGAGUUUGCAAAUGAACACAGCCCACUGGUUAUUCAUUGUUUUCAUGCAAAACAGAAAAAUCCUCAAGCACUCAACUAAACACUGCAGUUCUAAUAAAUCUCCCAUGAUCUCAUAUUCUCAUCCAAUUGGCAUGAUAUCAAUGGUACGUGCAAUAAAACUAGUAUUCGUAUAGAUCAGUGUAAUGUAUUGUAGAAGCCAUUUUGUUUUGUCAGUUUUAGUGCGUUUAAUGAAAAUCAAAUAACAUUGCUGAAUUUGAAGAAAUGCAUUUGUGUGGCCAAAUAUGGUCAAAACUACAAAGCUCAGAUUAAAUAAAAAACUUUUACAACA